AUGCCCUUUAUGGAAAGUGAAGCCCCAGCGGAAUCUUUGACAGAUAUGCCAGACCGCCUGCCCUUCCCACCGGUUACCUAUUCCCACAUCCUCAAUUGUUCCUAUCAUGAAUGGCAUCCGCGAUACCGUGGAAUUACACCUAAGUCACGGACCAUCCCUCUAAGUGCGCCAUUUGUUUCCUAUCUCCGCGCUGAUGGCAUUGUGUUGCCCCCGGAAAUGGCACCGCCGACGGACGAUGACGACCUGGACAACUUCUCGGACUCUGGCGAUGAGGAGCCCGAUCCGUCUACAGAAUGGCCGGAAAUACACACACAAGUCAAGAACAUAAUCAAGGAGCUCAAUGGAAAAGUGACUCCGAAGCUGAACUGGAGUGCUCCUAAAGACGCAACAUUCAUGAAUGCCACGAAUGACACCCAGUGCCGUACACCGAAUGAUAUUUAUCUCCUUCUCAAAAGCAGCGACUUUAUCACACAUGAUUUGGAGCAUCCCUUCGACGACUGCGUCCCCGAUUCCAAUGAGAACGGUACUUCUGCCCCCUCCAGCACCGAAUCACCCGCGCAAACAACCCCCGAAGUUCCCUACCAUCUGAUUCUGCGCCAAUAUGUCAACUUCAACCCUUCUCUCGAGUUUCGGUGCUUCGUGCGCAACCGUGUACUUCUUUGCAUGUGUCAGCGGGAUCAAAACCACUUCGACUUCCUCUUCCCGAUGCGUGAUAUGCUUCGGUCCCGAAUCCAGUCAUUCUUCGAUGAGAAGCUUCGAGACACAUUCCCUGACCCGAAUUUUGUCUUUGAUGUGUACCGGGUCUGGCUGGUUGAUGUGAAUCCAUGGGCCGAGCGAACAGACGCGUUGCUCUUCAGCUGGCUGGAGAUUCUGCGAAUGAAGGACCCGGUGGGUGUGGAAGAAGAAAAUGGGCCUGAGGAAUUUGUGAGGCUUUCGCUCCAUGAUGGCAGCAUCAUCACGUCUGCCGACACGAACGGCAAUGACGUAAAAGACAUUGACUCGCCGGACUCUGAAACAGAAAAGGAGGCCAGUGAUGAGGAGAAGGAUGAUGCACCUUUCCUUCCUGAAUUCCGCUUGGUCAAGCGGGAUGAUCCGGAGGCGUAUGCCUUCACUUCUCCGCAAUACUCCGCUCAUAAGGUGCCGAAGGAGGUGGUCGACGCCUCGCUCGCUGGGCCUGGUGGCAUGAGCGAGUUCAUGGGCAAGUGGCAGGAGAUCUUGCAGAAGCAAGUGCAGGAAGAUCAGGAAGCAGGCAGUGACUCGGACUAA